UAAGUGAACCCUGGGAUAUGAAGUCUUCGACUCGAUACAACCUAGACUUGACAUGCUACAUCGUGAAACAUGUUGAGUUUGAAUAAGGCAAAAAAGCUUUCUUUCUCGUAGCAAUAUUACUUCUUUUUCGCCAUUGUCGCUCUUGAGAGAUGUCAGGCUUUCUGCCGUUAUGAGUUCUCCGAUGUUUAUCAAGAUAUUCACGUUUAAAUAGGUGGUGAAUCAGAAGCAGGCUAAGUAGCUGAAGCUAUCUGGACUCUAUACAGUUGACUGCUAUAUCAUGUUGCCUGAAUUAUUGCAAGGAACUGAUGGCGGAGGGUUUCUUAUAAUACAAGAUUCUAUUAAUUAUUCUGGUCGACACCUCCUGAGGAGUUUCAUCAGUGCUGCACUGAACAGGGAGGAAGCUGUCCAUGUACUUGGCUUUGAGGUCAGUGAGGAAGAACUCAAAGAUGGAUUGAAAGGAUCAGCUACUCAAAGGCUACACUUUCACGAUGCUUACACCGACCCCCUCGGCUGGACUGAUCACCCUGCUUUCACAGUUCACCAGUUCUGUUUGGAGCAACUUACGCACCUCAUCAAGCAAACAUCACAACACAAACCAGCUACUUUAGUGAUCGACUCUCUUUCGUGGAUUCUGAGACAUCGCAGCUCUCCCGAUGUCUGUAAGACUCUCCUGCAACUUAAAAAAGGGGGAGCUGUUAGAGCUAUCAUCGGUCUGCUGCAUACAGAUAUGCAUCAGUGGGGUACUGUGGGAAGCGUAUGCCACUUGGCUACUUCAGUCAUCACUGUGGCACCAGGAAUGAAGGGAGAUGAAGCAGUGGCAAAGACUACAAAACGCUCAAAAUCGGGGAAAGUUAUGCAAGAAGAGGCAAUUUUCUGUAUCAAAGAAGAUCUUACAGUCGUAGUACAGAGUAAGCCCAGCCAUCUUGGAUCCAAACAGACUGACCCUGAGGAACAGGAGACGGACCCAACAGCCAACUUAACGUUCAACCUUCGCUUAUCGGACACAGAGCGCGAGGCCAAGGAAAAACUUGCACUUCCCUUUGUCUUCAGUAAAGAGAAGAAAACAGCUCUGCUUCACUCAGGCCCGGGUUCAGGACGAAUUCUGUACGAGCCUGAUGCCAACGACGACUAUGACCAGGAGGAUCCUGAUGAUGAUCUUGACGUGUAGGCCUAGGGCACAAAAAAUAUACAUUUCGUGUCCUCUUUGCCAUUCAAGUUGAGCAGAACGACCGCCUUAACAUCGUCUUAAAAAGCUUUGAAGAUAUAAAAUGAUGCCUAAUAUUUCUGUUGGAAAUCUGUAUUCUGUUUAUAAAAUGAUUUUAUCCAAGAACUUUAACUAAUAAUAUUGAUCACAUUAGUUGUUUUUUUUUAGUGUUGUUUUUUUCUCACUGAAUAAAAUUGUGCUGGUAUCACUUGA